AUGUAUGUGAUCAUCGAACCGAUCCAGUCGGGAACUUUCAGCACUGUUUAUAGAGCUUGGGAUAGAAGAGGCCAGCGGUAUGUGGCUCUGAAAGUGAUACCAGCAGAGUAUUAUAGAGACGAGAUCGAGACGAUGCGGGUGUUGCGGCAUCGGAACAUCUGUCCGAUGCUGGACUUCUAUGGGGACGAGACCAAUUGCAUUCUGGUGCUGGAGUAUUGUUCGCUGGGCGACCUGUGCGACUUCAUCGAGCUAUCGAGGGGGCGGGGCUACAGCGCGAUCGAUGUGCGUCAGAUGGCGCGGCAGAUCAGAUCCGCGCUCUGUUAUGCGCACUCGCUCGGGAUCGCUCAUCGGGAUAUCAAGCCGGAGAACAUUCUGCUCACGGCGGAUGGCAAUGUUAAGCUGGCGGACUGGGGACAUGCCGUGCAAGGCCAGUGGUCUAGCGACACAGAUGUCGGCACGGACGCUUACCGGAGCCCGGAGACCUUUUUCGGGAAGAGAUACGAUAACUUUAAAGCGGAUUACUGGUCCUUUGGUUUGACACUGCUGUAUGCACUUUUCGGCAAGACACCCUUCAACUGUCCGAGAAACUGUGACGGGACAGUCGAUCCAUAUCCUAAUUGCUGCGAAAACUUUGCCAGUUUUGUCCAGGAUCCUCAUCAGUUCAUGUAUCAGUUCUAUAUCAAGCCAUUUGUGGAAUCCCCAGAUGCCUCGUUCACAGGCGGCAGCGAUACCUUGCCAAUAUCUGAAAUUAUCCAUAUAUGCAGCGCCGUGGUGGAAAACCUGGUAAACAUUGAUGCGCGGAAAAGGAACCUUGAUGAGUUCAUCCGUGUAAUGGAAAGGAGUUCUUCUCAGUCGACCGGAUGCGCUUUUCAAUCGGAGUCCUCUAUAAGACUCCCGCCUUUUCUUCGGCUGAAGAGCUGA